CAAUCAAAACUCAAGACCCCGUGAUGCAAUGCGGCCGUGUAUUAUCUUCGAAACGAAAAACAAAGAUGGCGGACGGUUUCCGCCUCAAUACAGUGGACCUCGUCGAACAGAUCGCUGUUCUUGGGUUCAUCAAUGGGGGCGAGCAAGGAAAAUCUUUGUACAAUGCAUUCGUCUCAGCCCGUGUUGGCUAUGAGAUUUACAAGAGGAUAACAGUGUCCAGAGCAGAUCGGCUCAGGGCGCAGACCAUCGCCAGGGUGGCACAGUAUGUGAAGGCUUACCCCAAGGCUAGCGACGCACAGAUGAAGGCCAUGCUAGAAAAGGAGAUUGGGAUGUUUGCACAGCAAGUCGCACAGAAAUAAACCACCACCUGUCACAAUUACAUCAUAAAUCAUUUACACCAUUAGCACAUUAAGCCUAUUGACAUUUUGCAUACUACUUCAAUAUUCCUUUUUUCCUAUUCCUUAGAAUCAUAUUGAAAAUACUUUACAUUUGAUCUUAGACUUCGUCAGCAACACUUUCGUAUGUGUUUUCCUUCAAUAUUCAAACACCAAUAAGGUGGAGAAACCUCCAAUUUUUACAUUAUCUAAAAACACAAUUUUAAACUUUUUUGUCUAUAAAAAAAACUACAUACUUACAAAGUUAUCAAAACACUUUAAUCACAAUAAAAAGUGCAAAUUUUAUACCAACGUGUAAAAUAUGUAAAAAAAAGAAAACGUUCAAUUAAAUUUGGACUUUGAC